AGUUCCUUAUCAGUGGGCCAAGAGGCGUAACUGAGCAGCAGCCGCUGGAGCCCGCGGCCCGCAGAGAGCCAGAGCAGCAGCGCUGCGCCUGGGAGCCUCCUGGGCUGGGGCGGGCGGGCUCAGCGGGUGGCCCAGGCAUGCCGGCUAAGACAGAGAGGUCCUCUCUCAGCCAGGGAAAGUGCUUCCAUGUGAACAGCUGGGGGUCAGGUAGCAGCUGUCUGUGAUCUCCGGGGGAUGAGCCUUGUGUCUGAAAGUCUGUGGUCACCACCAUGCAGACCUGCAGCUUGUGGGUGAUUGUCUUCUCGUGGGCUGCGCUAACCGUUGGUGCUUUCUCUCCUCUCUGCGAUGUGCUCCGAGAGCUAGAGAGGGACAAAAAGCAGUGUCUUCAAGAACCGAAGAACAACUCUGAAAAUGAGGAACCCAUAUCAGGCUGCCCUAGACUAUGGGACAACAUGAUUUGCUGGCCUUUCUCUUUCACCGGACAGACAGUGAAAGCUGAAUGCCCCAAAUUCCUCCAAAUGGUCACUGGCAAAAAUGGGUUUGUAUUUCGAAAUUGUACUCAGGAUGGCUGGUCUGAAACCUUCCUCAGAACUGAUGCUGCCUGUGGGUAUGAUGUAAAUGAUACCACCAAUGAUAAGCGGCACUCUUACUUCUUGAAGCUGAAAGUCAUGUAUACAGUGGGCUACAGCACCUCCUUGGUGAUGCUUUUGAUUGCUCUGGGCAUUCUCAUCACCUUCCGGAAACUCCACUGUACCCGGAACUACAUCCAUAUGCACCUGUUUGUAUCCUUCAUCCUGAGGGCUCUGUCCAUCUUCAUCAAAGAUGCAGUGCUGUUCUCCAAUGAUGUUGGCCACUGUGAUGACCAUCUGGUUGGUUGUAAAACCCUCAUGGUCUUCUUUCAAUACUGCAUCUUAACCAACUACAGCUGGCUGCUGAUAGAAGGUCUCUAUCUGCAUACCCUUUUGGUCGUUUCUUUCUUCUCAGAAAAGAAGGUUCUCCAGUACUUUAUCAUCUUUGGAUGGGGUUCCCCAGCAAUUUUUGCUGCAUCAUGGGCAAUCACUCGACAUUUUCUGGAAAACAAUGGGUGCUGGGACAUUAAUGCCAACCCAUUCAUCUGGUGGAUCAUUCGAGGACCUGUGAUUAUCUCCAUUCUGGUUAACUUCAUCCUUUUUGUGAAUAUUCUAAGGAUUUUAAUGAAAAAGCUCAAAACCCCAGAAAUGAGAGGAAAUGACAUGAACCAUUACAAGCGAUUGACCAAGUCCACCCUUCUGCUGAUCCCCCUCUUUGGGAUACACUACAUCAUCUUUGCUCUUUCCCCUGAAGAUACCAUGGAGAUAAAACUGUUUUUUGAGUUGGCACUUGGCUCAUUUCAGGGCUUGGUGGUGGCUGUACUCUACUGCUUCCUUAAUGGGGAGGUGCAGUUGGAGAUCCAGAGAAAGUGGCGACAGCGGCGCUUGAAUAACUGGUUCUGGAUGCGUCCAUCACUGAGUUCUUCCUUCAACAGUGGAACUAGUGGCCUUACCCACAUGACUAAAUCCAGCCCUUUGGAGCAGGGCACAGGAACUGCCUGGAAAGGCAGUGUCAUCUGAAGGGCUAGUAUAUGAGGGAGGUAUUGUUGAGGAUCCGGAGCACUGACAGGCACUGGAUUGUCCUGAAAAGGUAUAAGAGACAGGUGUCAGUAAAGAUAGGUUUCUCUGAGAGGUCACUACAUUCUAGGGAGCCAUCAAAACAGAAAUAUCCUCCAUAGCAAUGGUGAUAACUACCAUGUUUCCAGCCUGGGUAUACUUCCUCUUGCUUUUUCCUUUUUUUUAAGUGCCAGUUCCUGAUUUCACUUGGUUACCUCCCUACCUUAAUUCUUGGUCCAGUCUCUAUGAGAUAAGAAGAAAGGAAUUAAAAUAGUUUUGAGUAUGUGCAGAGGAAGUGACUGGGAGGGAGAAGAGACUUGAAGCCAUGUCAUAGGAAGGAUGGUGGGUAUUUUCAGGAAAAUAAUUGUUUUCAAACAUUUGAAGGAUUACCCUAUAGAAGUGAGAGUAUAUCUUAUCUAUGUAUGUGAUUCCAUGGGCCUAAUUAAAACCAAUUGGUGGAAUUUAUAAAUAUAUAAACAUUGGCUCAGCAGAAGAAUCUUUUGAUAAAGAAAGCUCUCCAAUAACACAAUGACCACUAAGCAAACAUUAUAGUAGUGGAAAUUUAUGCACUCAGCAUAAAGUUGGACUGAAUGACUUUUGACACUUCUUCCUCUCUGGAUUCUGUGAUUUUUGUCUGGAGGCAAGAGGAAAAUGAAUUCAGUGAGAGUAGUUGGGAUGCUGUCUUUUGGUCCCAGUUGGGAUAGUUGGACAUUUGGAUAGGGGAAAGUGUUGAAAACCAGCAGUCUGUUACAAUGAAGGUUCUGUUUAGUGCUCCAUACCUGAAGGGGAAGAGAAGAAAAGGAUGUGUUAAUAAAUCCUGACAGUGGUAGUAAUAGUUAUAGGAAAGACAUUUUGGGAAUGUCUUUUAUAGGACAUUAUAGAAUUUAUAGGAAAGAUUUGGAAGAAGGAAUUGGGGAUUUCAGGUUUCUUCUUACUCUCAUAGGAAUUUGAACAUAUGGAAAGGGCAAUUCACCUUUAUGGACUUCUCCAUCUUUCUCCUCUUCCUUACACUUAGUAGAAGGUCAGAGAAGCCUUUUGAAUCAUGUAAUUCUUCUCCUUAUUCAUUCUUAACUCUUGUAAAAUAGUGUAAAGAGGUAAAUUUGGUCUCUAGUUCUCUUCUCCCUCCUUCCUCAUCUCUCAUACAACUUUUUCAGUGUUUCAUGCUUCUCUCCGGCCAACUACUAUAAUCACAGUCACACCACGCCCACCAUUGGAAUUUACCUGUUUUGUAUUCUGUACCUCACGCUCCCUGGGCUGUCUAAGGUGACAACUAAUGUAGCAAUCUAAUAAAUGACAGGUACUGAAGUGGAAAGAGAACUGAAUUUUGAUUCAAAGGACAUAUGGGGGAAGCUAAUUGGCACAGUGAUGGAGCAUGAUUCCGAGAAUCAGGAGGACUCCAUAUUUUACCUCAGGCACUUGACACUUACUAGCCCCAGUUGCCUUCCCCAACACAAACAAAAAGACAAGGGUUCAAAUCCUUACUUUGAUACUUAAUAUCUGUACAAAUUUGGGGAGUUCAUUUAAUGUUAUGACCAGCACAACACAAAUGGGCUAGUGGCAGUUGAAAAUAAGGAGAUGGGGUUGCUGAUAAUUAACAGAACCAUUUAUUGAGAGAAAUCAUGUUGCUUAUAUCUCUUAAAACCGUAUGUUACUAUGAAAGGCAUUGUUCUGUAACCAACCCUGGUUUCUGUUUUCUAUGAUCUAACUCUGAAGCAUGUUGUUGGUUUCUAAUGACUCAAAUUUAUAUAAAGUUCACAAUGCCCCAGUAAUUGUGCCAGAACUUUAUGUUUUCCCAUGAUUUCAAGCUUAAAUGCACACUUGAUUAAUCUUAGGAGGAGGGGAACAUCUCAGUUACUGAAGUUUCUAGCUUCCUGGGAGUGUUUAUUGUUUAUUGAGGUGCUCUCAAGUCUUGAAGUUGAGAUGCUGCCUGAAGACAUUCUCAGCAAUUCUUUUAAUUAUGGUUAGAAAACAGCCUACCAGAGUAGGUCCAUAGAUACAGAUACAUAUAAAUAAAAUUACAGCAAAUGCUACGAGUAUAAUUUCAUGCCCAAUAGCACUGAAUGUUCCUUGUGCUCUUUUAAUCCAGUCAGCAAUUGUUUGGGCAAUCUGGUCAGGUUCUAGAUUUUCAUGUGAUUAUCUAACAUAUCAGCAAUCUUUUGAAGAUCUUCAAUAUCCAAUGUAAUAUUUGAGUUUCCCCAAAAUUCAUUCAAGUUAUUUCUAAUUUUAGUUCAUUCCCAUUCUGACUCAUCAUAUUCCUUAUUUAUCUUACAGAAAUUAAUGAACCUGUAAUCACACACCAUUUUUUGUCUAGUCCUCAAUAUUUCCACUUUUUGUCUUAUUUCAAGGACAUCCUCCCUUAAUUGAUUUAUAGCUUCAUUUAAAACUCCUUUUUUUAUUUUAUUGCACAUAGCAAAUCUUUUAGAGAUGUUCAGAGUAAAUUGAUGCAAAUAAUUAACUUGAACCACUUGAUUUUGAAUAGUGGUUACAGACAUAGCAAUCGAAGCACUGGAAGCUAAAAUAGAAAUUAAUGCAAUUAUACCAAAAAACAACACAUGAAAUACAUCUUUUUUUUUUUUCCUACUUUUGCUGAGUAAAUGUUCAAUGUUCUCCAAGGAAUAGUCUGCUCAAGUGUGAUACCAAUUAUCACUCUGUAUAGGUAACAUAUUAAAUGAAGGCUUCAUGAUAACAAACACAAUACUGGUAUUAACCUUACUUCCUAUGCAUUCAGAAACUUUGCAUUCCCUGCAAGUAAUAUUAUAAACUCCUUCUACCUUUGUAAUUGUCAUUUGGCCAAUUUUUCCCCACAUGAAAGCAUAAUCAUUCCCCAAACAUGCCUGCUCAGUAGCAUUAUAUAAUACAUUCCUUUUUUCCAUUCUGAAAAUAUCCUUCUAAAGGAGUGAAUGGUAAUGUGAUUUUACAAACCUGCUCAUUCCCCUUUUGAUUAUUUCCCUACCAAUUCAGUUUGGGGUAACCCCCAUGCAUAUGGUGAUUAUGAAAGUCAUAUUUCUAAGACACAAUUCUGAUUCUAAAUUGUAUGACAAAGUCUCUGCUCUGUUCUACAGUCCAGAAAAGGAGAAUCAGCUUCUUCAGAGUCCCAUAAGUCCCCCACCUGGAUAGGGUGAUAUAUGGAUUCCCCAAUUAGUUGUUUCAUAGUUCUGUCCCAAUAUAUUCAUAAUGAUUGUUGUUAGAUUGAGGAAAUGUUGUAUGCUUUGUGGCACCACAGACUUAAAGCCUUUUUUAUACAAUUGGAGGGUUGCAACAUUCCUAUUAGUCAAAAGCCUAUGAAAAGGAUCACAUUUAUAACAAAAAUGACAGCUGUCAAAGCUAGCAUUUGUAAUAACACAGGGAAGGAUCUUUAGUAAGUCCAGGAAAUUUUAAUUUAAUUAUUGAACUAUUUGACUCCCCUCCAUGCUUAUUAACAUCAAAUUCCUUAACUAAAUAUUGAGAUCCAUUACCAUACAAUACAAUUUCAGGAAUGUAUUCUCCUCAUUCAACUACUCUCACCCAAAGCUGGCUUUGUAUAAUGCCCCAGAAGAUUUUAGGUUUUCUUUUCUCAAUUUAAGUUGUGCCAGCACUAGGGCCAAUUGCAGGAGCCAUACCUCUGGAUUCCCUUAUGGUGCAGUUGGCCUCUUCAAGUCUUCUUUUAUCUUCAUGCUCUGGAUAAUUUGGAUAGGGUGGCUACAUCUGUCCAGGAUCCAUGUGUCAUGUGUCUUCUUCAUGUGUGGAAAUACAAAGAAAACUCUGACCCCAAAUUAUUACCUACUCAGAGCCCCUCCAAGAUCCCAUUGACAUCCUUCUACCUCACAUAUUGUGAUGGAGGGGGAGGGCAGGUGGUAGAGCUGGCCCCUUAAUCUUUUCUCUUCCUCUUUCUUUGAGGAAAAAUGAUAUAGUGAAGAAAAAAAUAAGUCAGCUGGGGUGUGGGACAUAUUAUUCAAUGUGAGAUAAUUAAUAGUAUAUAAUCCUUUAGCAAAUCUAUUCUUGGGGCACUUCUCCCCCUCUUUUUGUUUAUCAAGAAUGAUUUCAAAGUUCUAUUCUUACUCUCUACUUCUCCUGGUUUUGAUAAGCAACUUUUUAUAAAGUUAUACAAAGAGAGAAUAUCAGAAGAGACUACCUGAAGGCCUUUCUCUUUACAAACUAUUUUUUAUUAAAGCUUUUUAUUUUUCAAAACAUAUGA